GGGAAUCCCUGCGCGCGUUUGGGGACGGAGCUUGUUAACACGCGGCUCUGAGAGUGUGCUCCGGAGUUUGAGCUGCUGCAUUCGAGUUUGAGCUUCUGGUGCGGCCGUCUGUGCGAUGCCCAAGGCCAAGGGAAAGACUAGGAGGCAGAAGUUCGGUUACAAUGUCAACCGAAAGCGUCUGAACCGGAAUGCUCGUCGGAAGGCAGCGCCACGGAUCGAGUGCUCCCACAUCCGACAUGCCUGGGACCACACCAAAUCCGUGCGGCAGAACCUGGCGGAGAUGGGGUUGGCCAUGGAUCCCAACAAGGCGAUUCCCCUCCGUAAGAGGAAGGUAAAGGCCAUGGAGGUAGACACAGAGGAGAGACCCAAGGAUCUUGUACGGAAGCCCUAUGUGGUAAAUGAGCUGGAAGCAGAAGCCAGCCUCCCAGAGAAGAAAGGAAAUACCUUGUCUCGGGACCUCAUUGAAUAUGUUCAUUACAUGGUGGAAAAUCAUGGGGAAGACUAUAAGGCUAUGGCCCGGGAUGAGAAGAAUUAUUAUCAAGAUACCCCAAAACAGAUUCGGAAUAAGGUCAAUGUCUAUAAGCGCUUUUACCCAACAGAGUGGCAAGCCUUCAUUGAUUCUUUGCAGAAAAAGAAGAUGGAGGUUGACUAAGUGUUGUAUAUACCCCCAGACUUGGGUCUACUGGACCAAAGAAACCUUUUGGUUUUAAGGCAAGGAGUGUAUAGUUUCACAUGAUGCUGGCAAAGUCCUAUAGAAUCAGGUCUCUCUCUCUCUCUCUCUCCUCUCUCUCCCCCCUCAUGAGAAGGAUC